AUGGAGCUUAACACUUCGAUGAUCCCAAUAAAGGCUGAAAUUGAGCAGCUUCGCAGAUUUUUGACGACUUCGCUAUCUAAAAAGGCUGAAACUAAAGACAUAGAGAAAUUUAUGUCAACUUUGGCUCAAAAAGCAGACCACGAGCCUACAAUUGAGCUGAUUGAAAAAACUAAAUCAGAGGCUAAAGAGCUCAUUGGUGAGUGCUUAAGAGAUUUGAAAAUAGAAAAAAGAAAAAGAAUUGAAGAAAUGAUAGAAAUAAAGAGAAGUCUUGAAGAAGAAAUGCACUAUAUUAGAGAGCAAAUGAUUAAAGUAAUAGAAGACAGAAAAAAAGAGUCAGAUGAGCACAGAAAGCUCAUAAUGCAAGAAACAGCAUUUUUUAAGACUGAAACUCAAAAAGAAAUGACCACGAUAAUUGAAAAAUUCAAUGAUUUAGAAGUCGCUAAAAACCUUCAAAAAGGAAAAAUUGAUUCAUUAGAGAGAUCAGUAGAUUUGAUGAAGGAAACAAAAGUAGACGUAAAGGAUUAUACUGAAAUUAAUACUGAUAAUAAAAAAGAGAUAUUUUUAUAUAUUGAAGAGCUGGAAGACCAAAUUAAAGAUAAUUUAUUGAAAAUUGAAGCUGACCUUGAAAAGUCUCUAGAAAAUAAAGUAAGUGUAGCUGAGCUCUUUAAAGUGCUCGAGCCUAAGGUAGAUGUCAGCAUUUUCAAUAAUUUUUUGGCUCAAAAAGCAGACCAGCAAGACUUUGAAAAUCUUUUAACUAGCCUUGAUCAUUUGCAAGCCGAAAUUCAAAAGAAAAGUAAUUUGCACGAUCUUAAUGCUCAUAUUUCAUACACUAAAACAGCUCUUGAAGAAGUGGCAAGAGAUAUGCUUGUAAAAGCAAAUAUUAAAGAUAUGUGCACCUUGCUUGAUAUGAAAGCAAACGUUGAUGAUGUCAAUAAAAUCUUAGAUUCCCCUCCGUGAGAGAACAAAAUAAUUUUAUUCGAUCAUUGAAGGUAAAUUUUCUAGUAAAUUAUUUUUCAAAAUUUAUAAUAUCGCUAUUUUACAAAAGGAAAAGGAAAAUUAAUAUAAUUUUUAAUAUUAAUGCUUUAGAAUGAGAGAUGUUAAAAAUUCUACAUUAUUUAUCAUUUUUUAUCAAAAUAUUUUUCAUAAAAAGAUUUUGUUUGGGGUGGUUGGUUUAGCAAAAAAGGAUUUUUCACUUUUGCUCACUCACGGAGGGGAGUAAGCGAUAUUCAUAAAGAACUUGACUCAAAAGCAAGAGGUGACAACUUUGCAUCAUACAUAAAUGAACAGCAAGGAAUAAUAGAAGCACUAUGUGCUGAAAAUUGUGUCGCAAGAUGAAUAUGAAAGUCAGGAGAAUUAGAUGGAAAUAGCUGUGUGCCAUGGGAAGUUCAAAGCGUAAAUACUGCUCCAGAUAAUUAUAUGUGGGAAAAAGAUAAAGCUGUGUUAACUGUGGUAGCGCCUGGGCUGUAUGAAAUUAUGAUUGGAUUUUAUGCAAGAAAAAAGCCAACUAUACAGAUUUUAGUUAAUGGUGAGCCAAUUUUAACAGCAAUAAAUUCAGCAAGUUAUGCAGUUCAUCAUAGUUCAGGAAAAUUGAGAUCUGUAGGAAAUCAUUCUAAUGGAAAUAUUGCUGGGCUUACAUUGAUUGAUUUUAUAGCUCUUCCUGCAAGAGCUAGAAUAACAAUUAUUUAUAAUGGAGAGCUGCAUGCUGAAGGAUUUUUAGGAUUAAGAAAAUUAUAA